AUGCCCCGCCGUGCACCCAAUUGGACCGGCUUUCAACAGACUGUCGGCGACGUCCUCGCGGCCUACGGCGCCCACGGCCAAGGUCUCUCGCAAUUCGCGCCCGGCCGACAAUUCAAAGUCGGCGUCCUUGAGGCUACUAAGGACGGAUGGGCCAGUCUUGACCGAGCUCAUCGUGAACGUGUGAUCGAGCGUAUGGAGAAGGACGCAACAAGGGUGCAGGCCCUCUUCAAACGCUUGAGCAGGGAGAGUUCGGAGUAUCCUCGGCCCGCAGCGUGCUUCAGGUCACUGCUUGGCGAUGCGGAAUAUAACCGGCAUGGCAGCUCGAGGUCCUAUAAAGACCUCGGUGAGGCUUACGGUCUCAUGCUCCUUCGCGGCGAGGGUCCCGCGACCAACGACGAGGCAACGGUUGUCGCUCCUCCCCAAGUCGCGAUGUCUUCCUCUGCUUCCGCUUCUUCACCUCGGAGACCUUCCGCCUCGAGUUCCCGACCUCCGUCCCACGCUCAGCCUCCCGAGUACCUCCCGCCCACCCAUCCGCUGCCUCUCACAGCCCCCGAAGCUCUCGAAGAGGCCCACAUACCGACACUCGACCUCAAAACGACCCCGUCUGACCUGCUGUACACCUUUGGCGCCAACCGUUUCCUGCAGACGGUCUACGCCUACAACUUCCUCGAGGGUCUGAAGACCGUCCUUCCCGGCGACAAGUGGGCGCAGCUGAUGGAGGCUCCCGGCUGCGGAGACUGUCAAGCUCCGUUUGAGCGCGUACAGCAGGACUCGGAGAAGCUGGAGCAGGCGUGGGAGACGACCCCGCACAUCAAGGGAAGACCGGCUUUCAAGGCUAUGAGUGAAGUGCUGCUCGGUCAACUUGUCACUGUCGGCGUCUUCAAAGAAGCUGUGGAGCAGAACAACGCCGAGAUUAUUGGCGAAGCCUAUGCCGUCAUGCUUGCAAGCCUCGCCGUGGACAAGGUGAUUGUCAGUCUUCCGCCGCUCCCGGUCGUGGUCGUUGCCUGA